CUUGAUUAGGUGUGUUCCAUCCUGCUACCUGGCAGUCUGCGACAAGUUCUAGGCGAUCUCAUCUAUUCAGCGGCUAUGGAUGGGCUGCCCGACGAACGGAAACAGAAGAAGAAACGUGAUUCCGCACAGCUGCGAGUUGCGACAAACGAGGAGUCCACUCAGGAGGACAAGACAAGCAACAAAACCGUAACGAACGGCAUUGCGAUCAACAGAAAAACCGCCAAAAUAAACAGUGCUAGACAACACCAAUCCACGCCCACCGACAAUAUGAGUAAGCAUACCAGUCAGCCUGCACUUGACGGAGAAGUGAGGGCAAAAUCAUCUCCAAGCUCUGGUGGGUCAUCCCCAAGCCCGAGAUCGCGCAGACCGUCUGAUACGGAUGACUCACUGCCCUUGGAAGGGAAGACAAAGACGAAAAAAGUUGUGAAAGUGAUCAGGAAAGUAGAUGGUGCGACGAUCAAGAAAGAGAUGGCAGCACUUAAGGAUGCAAACGAUGAGUUGAAAAGACAGAACGUCGUAGUAUCUGAGCGAGUAAAGGAAUUGGAAGAACAAGCAAAAGUUAAAGAUGAACAGAUUGAGCGAUUGAAAAUUCAGCUCAUUGCUCUCCAGUUUUUGAAAUCGACUGCACAAUCAUCACCACGAGGCAAACGAAGAGCUACCACUUCACUGUGUGAUGGAGCAGCAGCACAAGUGACUGGGAUCAAGAUGAAUAAGCCAGCUACUAAGGGAAAACGAGUGUCUGCUUUAUGGGAGGAGAAGUUCAGGGUAUUUCAGAAACUUCCAGAAGUAGAUCACAAGAUUGUUAACUGAAAGUGUUCGAGUGAUCAUGACAGUUCCUUAUAUCUUCUAGUUGCUGAUUGUUGGAGAUUAGAUGGACUACAAAGAACUAUUUUGAUUUCAGUAGAAUAACUGAAUAUUGCUAGCAGAUAGAUAACUUGUACAAAACUCUGCCAAUUGCUUUGCCUACCCUGCAAACCAGUUUUAUACUAACCAUUGCAGUGGUUUAUAUACUAGUACGAGUAGUCUACCUAUAGCUGUAAUACCUGAUCAAUUUAAUUAACGCACAAGAGCGUCUAACAGAAAUUGAAGUACAGUACUAAC